UCUAUACUCCAAUAGUCAGUAUGUUUGAUUUUGCCUAAAGUCUUCCAUAGCGCAUUGGUUUGAACUCUAUGGUCAGAUUACUUGAUAAGGGAUACUGAUAAUUACGAUGUUUCAAAUCUUAGAUACUUCAACUCGCAGGAAGUCAAAGAUGCAUGUCCAGUUUGUCACAAAAUUUGUACUUGUAAGGACUGCUUGGAAAAUCCAUCUAAAGACAGUGAAAGACUUCUUGGGGGAUAAACAUGAAGUUGAAGUGAUACUGUGUUUCCAUUAUUUGAUUUGUAUGCUUCUUCCUGUGUUGAAACAAAUAAACAAAGACCAGAAUGAUGAACUAGAAAUAGAAGCAAGAAUAAGAGGACAAAAACCAUCUGAUCUUCAUAUAAAACAGGCUAAUACUGAAUGCAGUAAGCAGCACUGCUGGUACGUAUCAUGGUUGAUUGCUAUGCUUUCGUUCGACUCUUCAUGA